AUGCCGUUGUCGCAGCUGCAGGGCAUCAAGCUCCCCGCCUCGGCGGACUUCCAUGUCCAUCUUCGCGAUGGCGAUAUGAUGGAGCUGGUGACCCCCACCAUCAGACAAGGUGGUGUCAACACUGUUUUUGUCAUGCCAAAUCUUGUGCCACCCGUCACUACCGUCGACCGUGCUCUCGACUACAAAAAGCGCCUGCAGGCCAUUGAACCUAACGUAAAUUAUCUCAUGUCCUUGUACCUCCACGAGACGGUGACUCCUGAAACCAUCGUCGAAGCCAAGAAAAGAGGCGUCACCGGUGUCAAGAGCUACCCGGCAGGCGUGACGACCAACUCCUCCUCCGGCGUAGUGGACUAUACCCAGUUCUAUCCCGUGUUCGAAGAGAUGGAACGUCAGGACAUGGUCUUGAACCUCCACGGUGAAGUCCCUUCGACGGGCGACGUGACCGUCCUUUCGGCAGAAGAGCGUUUCCUUCCCACGUUGCUGCAGCUGCACGAGCGCUUCCCAAAGCUUCGAAUUAUCCUAGAGCAUUGCACGACCGCAGCUGCAGUAGAGGCUGUUAAGAAAUGCGGACCCUCGGUGGCUGCCACACUCACCGCCCAUCACUUGGCUAUUGUUGUCGACCACUGGGCGGGAGACCCCUUCUGCUUCUGCAAGCCUGUCGCCAAAACGCCUGCCGAUCGCGAUGCCCUCUUGCGGGCUGCGGCAUCUGGCAACCCCAAAUUCUUCUUUGGCUCCGACAGUGCACCGCACCCGGCAGCCUCCAAGCGAGGAGACAAGAUUGCCGCCGGUGUUUUCACCCAGCCAUACACCACCCAGCUCGUCAUCGACGCCUUCGAACAGGCCGUUCAGAACGGCGUUCUGAAAGAUGAGGACAUUACCCCCAAAAUCGUCGAGGGCUUCAUGAGUAAAUUCGGCCGAAACUUUUACGGCCUUGGAGAGGAGCAGAAGGAAUUCCUGAUCCUCGAGAAGAAAGAAGAGAAGAUUGCAGAUAUCCUCCAGUCAGGAAAGGUGGACGUGGUUCCGUUCAGAAGAAACCAGCAGACGUGGAGCGUAACCUGGUCCACAUAA